UCCGUUCUUUUCGGACGCCAUUUUGGCAAGGGGAGGUUUUAGUUGAGGGUAUUGUUUUUAACUGGAAAUUAGGAUACUCUGUAAUGUAAUGUUAUUUACUCCGUAUGUUUUAUACGCACUGGACCUAUUUAGUAAGUUGAAAGGGACAGUAUUGUAUCUGACCCUGAAUCACCAGAUGUCUUUUUGAUGAGGCAAAUUUGAACGAGCUCCCUCUUUCGGUCCUUUCGAUUUCCCCGAUGGUAAAAAGCGGCACUUCGUCGAUCUGUCUGUGAGGCGGAGGAGAGAGAGAAGACAGAGAGAAUUACAGUGAGGGCCGCCCUUUGUUUCCAAUGCGGCUUGGGCUCUUCAGUUCUCCUGGAGAUUACCCAUCUCCCUUCCUGUACUCCUCGGUGUAUUGCGCCGGUCUGUAGACACGUUUUCCCCUUUCCUCUUCUGUAUCAAUCAGUGUGCCUGCGCGCGCCUUUGUCAGUCCGGAAUUUGGAAUGCAGUUCUUACCCCGGUGUUGCAAACGUUGGGCUGCAUCAUCCUGACACCUCUGCUGUCAAACGGAUCAUUACCUGCCGGACUUAUUGGAUCUUGCUGCAGACCGGUAUUGUGCAGGAGCUGUUUAACAAGCGAAGCCCAGGACUUAACCGUGGGUAAUCACAGCUUGGAGAAAAGGCAGUGUAGACAGACACUAUGUUCCAGCUUCCUGUCAACAACCUUGGCAGUUUAAGAAAAGCCCGCAAAACGGUGAAAAAAAUUUUAAGUGAGAUUGGCUUGGAUUAUUGUAAAGAACACAUAGAAGACUUUAAAUCAUUUGAGCCCAAUGAUUUCUAUGUAAAGAACACUACUUGGGAGGAUGUUGGUCUCUGGGACCCAAGUCAAACAAAAAGUCAGGAAUAUCGUACAAAGCCUUUCUGCUGCAGUGCUUGUCCUUUUUCUUCCAAGUUUUUUUCUGCAUACAAAAGCCAUUUUCGAAAUGUUCAUAAUGAAGACUUUGAAAACAGAAUUCUUUUAAACUGUCCUUACUGUACAUUCAAUGGGAAUAAGAAGACUUUGGAAACGCACAUAAAAAUUUUUCAUGCUCCUAGUGCUAAUACACAUGGAGGAGGCUUGAAUGCCUAUAAAGAUAGAAGUAAACACGAGAGCCUUAAAGCAAAGCAUGCCGCCGCUGCUGCUGCUGCAGCAGCAGACAGUGUAGAACAGGCUGUCUAUUACUGCAAGAAGUGCACUUAUCGAGAUCCUCUCUAUGAAAUUGUGAGAAAACACAUUUACAGGGAACAUUUCCAGCAUGUGGCAGCACCUUAUGUAGUAAAGGGAAGUGAAAAGUCACUGAAUGGAGCUGUUUCUUUAAGCACUGGUAUUCGUGAUGAGAGCAGUAUCCAUUGUAAAAGAUGCCUUUUUAUGCCCAAGUCAUAUGAAGCUUUAGUACAACAUGUAAUUGAAGACCAUGAACGAAUAGGGUAUCAGGUGACUGCUAUGAUAGGACACACUAAUGUUGUAGUUCCAAGAUCCAAGUCUUUGAUGUUGAUAGCUCCAAAACUACAGGACAAACCAUUAGGUGUUCCGCAAAGAUCUAUUCCUUCUGGAAAUAUCCGAGCUCUGUCUUCACAGCAUAUGGUUAAUCGGCUAAGCAUACCAAAGCCUACAUUAAAUUCUGCAGGAGUGAAUUUGAUGUCUAAUGUGCAUCUUCAGCAAAACAGUUACAGAGUGAAAAGUAUUCCCCAGGGUUAUGGUGUUGGACAGCCAUCAGUAAGAAUGUCUUUGGGUAAUUCUCCAGUUCCCCUUUCUCAACAAUCACAGACAAUGAAGCAACUGCUUCCAGAUGGCAGUGGGCGCCCAUAUGGUAACUUGGGGACACCAGAACAAAGAUCCUCUGCUCCAGUUCGAUUUGCUCUUCCAGCUGCAAAUUCAUCUGCAAGUCUUGCUGCUCAGAUGAAGUCAUCGCCAAUAAAUCCUUCUCCUUUAAUUCCUUCUCAUAGUGCUCCACGAGCAGUGGUUCAGCAGCCACCUCCAAAAUCAAUAAGUAUUCCAACUUCUUCCCCAAAUACUUCUUCUACACAGAAAUGGAAAAUAUGUACCAUCUGCAACGAGUUAUUUCCUGAAAAUGUAUACAGUGCCCAUUUUGAGAAAGAACACAAAGCUGAAAAGGUGCCAGCUGUUGCCAAUUACAUUAUGAAGAUACACAAUUUUACUAGUAAAUGUCUUUACUGCAAUCGUUAUUUACCCACAGAUACGUUGCUUAGUCAUAUGUUAAUACAUGGUCUCUCCUGUCCCUAUUGUCGAUCCACCUUCAAUGAUGUUGAAAAAAUGGCUGCACACAUGAGAAUGGUUCACACUGAUGAGGAAAUUGGGCCUAAAACAGAUUCAACAUUAACAUUUGAUUUGACGUUGCAGCAAGGUAGUCGUACUAAUAUUCACCUCCUUGUCACAACAUACAAUUUGCGUGAUGCUCCAGCUGAAUCUGUUGCUUAUCAUGCCCAGAAUAAUCCACCUCCUCCACCACCACCACCUGCUCCAAAGGCACAGCCUAAAGCUCAGGAUAUCACAGAGGCAGCAGUGAAGAGCCCACCUCAAGCUGCAGUACCCUACAAAAAAGAUGUGGGCAAAACACUUUGUCCUUUGUGUUUUUCAAUACUUAAGGGGCCCAUAUCUGAUGCCCUUGCUCACCAUUUACGAGAGAGACAUCAGGUAAUCCAGACUGUACAUCCAGUGGAGAAAAAACUCACGUACAAAUGUAUCCACUGCCUGGGUGUAUAUACCAGUAAUAUGACAGCAUCUACUAUAACUUUGCACCUUGUUCACUGUAGAGGAGUUGGGAAGACUCAAAACGGUCAGGAGAAAACAUCAGCACCAUCUAGAGUUACUCAGUCACCAGCAGUAACUGCACCAGUGAAACGUAGUUUAGAUCAGGUAGAGUUGGCACUGAUGAAGAAGAGGAAAGUAGAGGAAGAGAGGGAAGAACCACCAGUUCUUGUUCAAGAAAAAACUGAAGAGCCUGUAAUACUGUCACUGGACCCCAAGGGUCAUGAAGAUGAUUCUUAUGAAGCAAGAAAAGCAUUUCUUACAAAAUAUUUCAACAAGCAACCAUACCCUUCCAGGGGAGAAAUAGAAAAGCUUGCUGCUAGUCUGUGGUUAUGGAAAUCUGAUAUAGCUUCCCAUUUUAGUAACAAGAGGAAGAAAUGUAUCAGAGACUGUGAGAAGUACAAGCCCAGUGUACUGCUUGGUUUCAACAUGAAAGAGCUAAAUAAAGUGCAGCAUAAUAUGGAUUUUGACCCUGAAUGGUUUUUUGAAAACCAUGAUGAAAAUACUGGCAAGGAAUCCAGAAAUGUCAGUAGGAAGACUGUUGUACCAAAGGUAAGUUUGGAAAAUGAAGAUCAAAGUUCAUCAGAUGGUAGUGUAAAUUCUGGCAGCAGGAAGUCUGGUAGACCAGUGCCUCAGAGGGAAGGUAAGAUCCCAAAUGACAUAUCACCUGAGGUACAGGUGAACAUAUCCAAAGAUGGUUCAAAAGAGGACCCAUCUGACUCUGAUACUGUAAUUGACGGAAAGGAAAAGGAAGAGGCACUGUCUUCUGUAGAAACUUCAAAACUGGUAGAUGGCUGUGAAAGUGAAGAUGAGGAAAAUAAAUCAAACGAUAAAAAUGAGUCCAAGGCUCAAGAAAAGUCAAGCAAUUGGAAGGAUGGAACAUCUUCAUUGGAAAGUAGUUCUGGGUCCCUGCAGACAUCAGAUUUAGAAGCUAGUGUUAUGAAAAUUAAACAAGAACCUUGGUCAGAUGAUGAUACAUCACAGUGCAGAUCUGGUAAAAAGCUGCGCAGAGAAACUAGAGGCAUCACUUUGAAUUUCGAUGAGGGACAGUCAAAAUGGAAGAAAAAUUCUUUUGAAAAAGUAGAUAAACUUUUCUCCAGUACAAAAAUGGAAUGGCAAAACAGCACAACUGAUGCUGAAGAGGGAGGUCAGUUUGAUGGUGUGUCCGACAGUUUGCCUGAGAAAAUCUGUGGUAGUUUACCUAGCGUGGGCCUUAGCAGCCAGCAGGCAUAGGUUAUUUGCACAAAUGUCAGCUUUUAACCUGCACACCUAUAACUAUCCAGUACUUUCAGCUGUGUUAUGAACCACUAAGCCUAAUAUCUUUAAGUCUUGGUACUGCCUUCAAACUGUAGAUUGGCUUGGUGACUGAGCCACUAAAUAUUCCUCUGAAUAUUUUCCCUACUAUGAUGUGUGGUUAACCCUGGGUUUUUGAGACACUUAAUGUGACAAGCAUGGUAACUUGAAUUGAAACAACAGAAACAUUUUUACUUUAAGCUGGUUGCAGUGACAUGCACAGAAGAACGAUCAGUAAAAUGGCAUCUGCAUUUUUCCUGCAUUCAUAUUCAGCCUGGGUAAAUGUUCAGUUUUCUCUAAACAUUUUUUCAUAUGAUAGUUUAGGGCCAAUGGUAUGAGCUACCAGUUCAAUGUGUACAGUACACUGGUGGAAAGGUUCUUGAGAAUUUUUUUCAUACAUUCAUUCUGAAUAGUUAAUGUAUAUUUGUACAGUCUUUUAGACCUAAUCAGGUGAAGCUUAUGAUAUUGGUCUCGUGUAAUCAUUAUAGAUUUACUAUAUGGUUCGCCUUUUGUGUUGCCCUGCUGUGUAAUAAAUGCUUUAUUUAGUUUAUUUAGCAAAAGCUUGAAAGUGCUAUAGUCAACUUUUGAAAGACUUAGUUUUUGCACAUAACCUGUACAAUCUCAAAAAAAAAAAAAAAAGGCAAAAAAGAAAGGUCAGGUAUUUAAGGAGUUUAAAACCUGAUUCUGAUGUAUUAUAGAUAUUUUUCCUCGUUCUAAACAUUUUCAUCAUUCUGGACUGUAAAACUGGCACUUCAAAUGUUCCAUUUUUUCUGAAAGCCUCUUAAAACUAGAAAUCACAUUAAGAAGAGACUUGGAUCUACUAAUUUGGACACAUUUUAGAUCUGUGUAGAUGUGUAUUGUUAAUGCAGCAUAAGGUAAUCCAGUUCUGUUACAGAUUGUUUUUCAGCUUCCUUAUGUUAACACCAUUGUGGUGGUUCUUCAUUUAUACAGCGUACUUAUGGCACACUGUGUAGUAUGUAUAAUUUUUGUGAUCUUUAUUUUCCUUUGUAUUCAUAUAAACAUCUCUUAAAAAUAAA